AUGAUAUAUGACUUGAAUAAACCAGUAGUCAUCCAGGACACGAUACAUAUUAUAACGAAAUUAAAAACACGAUUUCUCAAGCCAGGCGUUGUCUUACCUAUGGGUAGUUAUUUCGUAUCCUCUACCCAUAUUGAACAGCUCAUGAAACUUUUUUCCAAAGAUCAGCAUUUCUUAACGACUGGAGACUUGCAAAGUAUGGACAAAAUGAACUUUGAAGCUGCUAAUAAGCUUUGUUCAAAUAGUGUGAUUAAUCUACUGCGAGGUCUACUGAAAGACAUCGAGGGAAGUGAGGCAACUGCCCAAUAUUUAUUGAUGCAAAGAAGAAUAUUGGAGGCCUUUGUCGAGAAAAAUAUGGAAAUCAAUACCAGAAUAUACAACAUGUGGUAUUCAAUUUUAUUUUUGAGAGUGUGGCGACAAUGGCUCUCCAGAAAUAAUUAUAGUAUGGAGAAAAAUUUCAUCAGCCAAAAUGCCUACACUUGCAUUGAACUAAAUGGUCAUGGACUGAUACUGUUGACUCAAAAAUUAAAACAAGAGGCGUCAUCAUUCUUACCAUGGUAUUUUUCAAGCCAACCAUGUGAAAAAAUUUUUCGGCAGACACGAUCUAUGACCAGUACAUUUUCAACAAUAGUUAAUUUUUCAUUGACAGAUAUAUUGGGACGGUUGAGCAGAAUACAAACUCUCAACGAAAUCAGCACAGACCUAGGGUCAACGUAUUGUUUUCCCAAGGAGCAAAAUAUCAAGUUGGGAAAGAGUAAUUUGUUAACACUAUGGACAGGAUCAAUGCCAGCACAGGAAGAAAUAUCAAAAAUUUUAGAGAAAGCCUCGGAGAAAGCUAAAGAUGAUGCGAAUAAUGACGCCAAGAAACUAGGAAUUAUUGCUGAUGAUAAUGACUUCUCCAUUCUGAAUAUGCCAGUUUUACACAGUGGAAAAAGUGAUGAUAUCGUUCAAGAUGAAGACAUAAAUCAGGACAUCAAUUACGAAGAAAUUGCGGCUGAUCCGGAACGUGAUCAUAUAGAAAAAGAACUCAAUACUUUGUCAUCAUUGGGCACAAUUAAUUUGAAAGAUAAUGUGAACCAAGUGAAAUGUGGACAAGAAUCCAAAUUUCUGAGAGUUCUCGUUAAUGGAAAAAUGAUGACGUUAAGAAAAUCAACAUUAUGUUGGCUUUUUAGCGACAAAAGUGGGAGGCUUUCGUCAGACAGAAUCAUGAGAGUAAGAGGUAUGUCUGCAUCCAAUUAUAAAAAGGAAAAUGUUAAAAAGAUUCAGACUCCACGUUCACGUUCUAAAGAUUUCAAUAAGAACUGCCGCGAUGCUGUCGUGGAUCUAAAUUGUGAUUCAAACUCAGAAGACACGACCGAUGAAGAAGACUAUAGUAUCCAAAACAGCAGUGAAGGUCCUGAAGAUUUCGAGAAAUCCUCAGAUUCUGAAUCGGUCAUGGAAAUAACCAUUAAAGAAGAGGAGUACUACGCCGUUUACUACGAUCUAAGGUGGUACUUAGGAAGGGUUAUUUCCGUGGAGGAACAUUUUUGUGAAGUUAAAUUUUUGAAGGAAGACAUGGGUGAAUUUCAUUGGCCGAAGAAGGAUGACAAACAGAGGGUUGAGAGAAACUAUUCUUCAGUCCUCUGAAACUAAUUGGAUGCAACCCAUUUGAGAUAAGAAGAAGUGAUAGACUGAAAAUUAAUGAAAAAUAUAAAAAUUUCAAACGAUCGGAAUGA